GGUGUCAUCUCUUAAGUGAUGGAGGAGAAAAUGAUAAUGGAAGAAACAGCAUUCCCUAUUUCUUCUCUGUCAAACAAAAUUAUCACAUGAAAACAAAGUCAGAAACUAGAAAAGUGGAAAACAAAGAAAAAAAACAGAAUAUCUCAUUCUCAAAAAAAGAAAAAAGAAUCUCUCGAUUCGUCACAAUUACUGCGACAGCACCACUGUUUACCGCUAAUUUACCAGCAAAUUUGUGGAUGUUGAUGCUAGUUUUCUUCGCCAAACUCGAAAUCUAUUCACACUAAGCAACGUUACAAAACUGCGUGAAUUUCACACGAAGCUCGUUAGCUCUCUCUCUCUCUCUCUAAUAAAAUGGAUUCUGGAAGCUUCGCGGUUGAUCUCUUCUUCGCCUUAUUCUCGCUCAUCUGCGCGGCGGGGGCGGCGCAAGGCGACGGAGGGGCGGCGAGGGAGCUGUGGUGCGUGGCGAAGAACAAUGCCGAGGACGCCGCCCUGCAGUCGGCGCUGGAUUGGACGUGCGGGCCGGGCGGCGCCGAUUGCGGGCCCAUCCAGAACGGCGGGCCCUGCUACGACGCCUCCGACCUCCAGAAAACGGCGUCGUUCGCCUUCAACGAUUACUUCCUCAAGCACGGCCCCUCUGAGCAAACCUGCGAUUUCGCCAAUACUGCCGCUCUCACCUAUUUGAACCCUAGCCACAAUAAUUGCAAAUUUCCAUCGAGCUUAAAUGCAGGCAACAGUAACUUUAGUGGGGCGUCGACUGCAGAUUCAGGUGGCGCGUAUCUAAGUAGCGGUGGUGCCAUCGUUCACCAUAGUGUUGGGGGAUUACUCCCAAAUUGUCUGUUGUUUGCAAUUCCAUUAGUAUUAUGAUGGAGGCAAGCUCACAUUUUUGGAUGCAAAGGCAAAAGCAAAAUGUUUUUGUUGAGAAAAGAUGUAAUGGAGAAAGCAACUGAUGAUUUCUGGUUUGAUCAGUUGAAAUGUCAUCUAUAUGAGCACAGAGCUUAGCUUUGGUAAAUGCUAAGCUCAUUUUUUAUUA